AUGGCGCCACCGAAGGACAUGCGACGUGCGGAACUCAUCGUUCCGUACCAAGAGCCCGUUUCGAAGGGCGACAACCCCGAGUUCAGCUCGACGCUGUCGUCGACGAUGCCCAUGGCCGCCAUGUUUACGAGGAACAAGUUUGUUGGCUGGGCUGGUGUCGUCUUUUCCAUCCAGAACUGGCUCGGCGAGAGCGCCGAUACUAAGAAGAACGGUACGCCAGGCUACUUCAACAUUGGUCUUUCCGUCAUGGCGCUUGGUGUCACGUAUAUGCCUCUGUUCAUGCCCCCCCUCGAUCGCCCUGGCACUACCACUGGCGCUCCCGCGCCCGCUCCUCUUGCUUAA